AUGGAGAAGCUCGCCGCCGCACAUCAGCGGGACCGAGAUGUGCUGAACUCUCUUCUGGCGGUAAAGGUUAGCGGCGGACAACCGUCAGCUAGUCCGCGUCAACCUCCAACUCCGUUGCCGCGCCGAUCCUCUGCGCAGCAGCAGCAGCAACAACAACAGCAGCAGCGGAACCAGCACGAGCAGGAGCAGCCCCGUGCGUCGACGUCGCGCGCAGUCAUGCCGCCGCGCAGCGAGGCAUCGACAGCCGUCCACGGAGACGUCGUGCCGGAGUUAACAUUCAGCGAGGUGGUACGUCGCAGGCUGCUACGCAUGGAGCUAAGUAAGACGGCAAAUGCUCCACUUAUGCUGAAUGGCGUCCGCAAGAUCAUCGGUGAUGCAGGCGUAAGUCGGCUUGUCCCCGAAAUGGGUGAGCUGCUCGUGGUCGACAACGAUCCCCUCGCUGCGGAGGAGGACAUCAUUGCCGCCCUCGAUGAGAAGAUUGGCGCAAGUGCUGGAGUAGUCUCCGCCAGUAUUUGA